ACGUUGAGAGUGGAAAGACAGUUAGAGAGGUGUGGGGUGGGGGCGAGGUAAGAGAGGAUAGUUUGGAGCACAGAGAAGUGCAGAGGUGAAGCGAAAAGGCAGGGAGCAGGAAAGAGGGGAGGAGGUAUAAAGAAAGGGUAAGAGUGGAAUAUAGAGAGGCAGAUGGGAGGGAGAGAGAGAUAGAUAGAGUCAUGAAAAGAGAGAGCGAGAGUGUGCAAGUGUUGUGAACUGCAAACCCCUUCCUUUAACCACACCAAUAAUACUGUCUCAGAACCUCUACCCUGUACCUCCCCCUCAAUCCGUCAGAAGGACGCUUUGUUAAAAAUAAAAUUGAUUUGUUCAACCUUUCCUGAACCUCCCACCACCAUCUCUGUGUCUCCCUGCUAUAGGAAGGAUGUUGUGAAACAUGAAAAGAUUUCCGAGGAUGUUGCCAGGGCUAUUUUCCCUGGAGUGUCAGAGGCUGAGGGGUGACCUUAUAGAGGGAGUAGCCGGUGGGAACGAUCCGAUUGGAUGGGAAGAAAUGGGGAGACUGACCCGAGGUGAUUGGAUGAGUUCCCAACUUCUGGCCGACCCAUGGAUAUAAAGGGAGCGAGGACAAUUGGGAUCAUCAACAUGGUGCUCCUCAUGACCAAGCCCGUUGCAGGGGUCAUGGUGACCAUGAUGCCCAACGAUACCAACUCCGUGCAGAAUGUAACUCUGAGUUGCUCAGCGGAGCAUGGCACACGACCGGAAUUCUUCUGGACAAAGGAUGGGAAGAACAUCACGGAGACAGGGAGAUUGUCCAUCAGGAAUUUUGGACAGGCUCUAGUUAUGCACAUGGUCAGUGUGGAGGACUGUGGGAUCUACACAUGCCUGGUUGCAAAUCAACUCAACAGCAGGACCCAGAGCUUGAAUCUUUUAGCAUCUCCAAGCUUCCCUCAGUGCAGAACAAACCAGAGCUUGCCGAAGAGACACCAUUACCUGCCUGUUGUCGUAUUUGUGACCUUUGGCAUCGUGUUAGUGAGCUUGGUGAUAUAUUUCACAAAAGUCAGUAAAUUCGCUCUCCAGAGAACCAGGUCAAAGAAACCAGUGAGCAAGGAGGGUGAAUGAAUGAAUACAACAUCCCAUCACAAGCAACGCUGCACCUUCCUCCGAUGACUGUCACGUCACUUCUGCUGCGUCUUUGAAAAUAUUAUAAACUCAAAACCAACCAAGAUAGGGUCCCUUACCAUGCUGCAUCCUUUUGUUGAACCACACAUUCUCCUCAUUUCAACUGUUUCUUUCCUGCACGUUGUCGCCCACAAAACAGUAUCCCUCCAGUUAUUAAAGGGUGAAAUCAC